UUUCUUCUACAUUUUUCUUGAGUCUUGAGCCCUGCAGCGCUGUUUUUCCUUGAUUUAUCUUCAUGGGAAAACUUUGAGUUGUUAUUACUGAUGGUUGCCAUACUAUAUCAGGUUCAGGAUCAAUUUGAUAACCUAGACAAGCAUACGCAAUGGGGCAUUGACUUCUUGGAGAAGUACGCAAAGUUUGUAAAAGAAAGGAUAGAGAUUGAACAAAACUAUGCAAAACAGCUGAGAAACCUGGUUAAGAAGUACUGUCCUAAACGUUCCUCCAAAGAUGAGGAGCCCAGGUUUACUUCGUGUAUAGCCUUUUUCAACAUCCUCAAUGAGUUGAAUGACUAUGCAGGACAACGAGAAGUAGUUGCCGAAGAAAUGGGGCACCGAGUAUAUGGAGAAUUGAUGAGAUAUUCUCAUGAUCUAAAAACUGAGAGAAAAAUGCAUCUUCAGGAAGGACGAAAAGCCCAGCAGUAUCUGGACAUGUGCUGGAAGCAGAUGGAUAAUAGUAAAAAGAAAUUUGAAAGAGAAUGUCGAGAGGCAGAGAAGGCCCAGCAAAGCUAUGAAAGACUGGACAAUGACACUAAUGCCACAAAGGCUGAUGUUGAGAAGGCUAAGCAGCAGCUAAACCUGCGUACACACAUGGCUGAUGAAAACAAAAAUGAAUAUGCUGCACAACUACAGAAUUUUAACGGGGAGCAACACAAACACUACUACAUUGUUAUUCCUCAAAUUUAUAAGCAACUUCAAGAAAUGGAUGAAAGAAGGACUAUCAAACUUAGUGAAUGUUACAAAGGUUUUGCUGACUCUGAGCGCAAGGUUAUUCCAAUCAUCUCAAAAUGUUUAGAAGGAAUGAUUCUUGCAGCAAAAUCGGUUGAUGAACAUAGAGACUCCCAAAUAGUGAUAGAUUGCUUCAAAUCUGGUUUUGAACCUCCUGGAGACUUUCCAUUUGAAGAUUAUAGUCAGAAUAUUUACAGAACUAUCUCUGAUGGAACCAUCAGUACACCAAAGCAGGAAGGAAUGAGAAUUGAUUCAAAAACUACCGUGGGCAAGGCGAAAGGAAAGCUGUGGCUGUUUGGAAAGAAGCCAAAGCCACAGUCCCCACCCCUAACCCCAACUAGUUUAUAUACAUCCAGUACUCCUAAUGGGUCCCAGUAUCCCAUAUUCUCCAUUGAACCAGUGCAUUAUUGCAUGAGUGACAUAAAAACAGGGAAGCCCAGAAUUCCUUCUUUCAGAAGCCUCAAAAGAGGGUGGUCGGUGAAGAUGGGCCCUGCUUCAGAAGACUUCAGUCACCUGCCCCCAGAGCAAAGACGCAAGAAACUGCAGCAGAGAAUUGAUGAACUCAACAGAGAACUGCAGAAGGAAACAGACCAAAAAGAUGCUCUCAUCAAGAUGAAGGAUGUUUAUGAAAAAAAUCCCCAGAUGGGUGAUCCUGGCAGUUUGCAGCCAAAACUGGCUGAGACCAUGAGCAACAUGGACCGUCUUCGGAUGGAAAUACACAAGAAUGAGGCUUGGCUGUCUGAAGUUGAAGGUAAAGUAGCAGCCAGAAGCGACAGGCGACACAGCAGCGAUAUCAACCACCUUGUAACGCAGGGCAGAGAGAGCCCCGAAGGCAGCUACACGGACGACGCGAACCAGGAAGUGAGGGGCCCGCCGCAGCAGCACGCGCAUCCCAGCGAGUUUGAUGAUGAGUUUGAAGACGAUGAUCCCUUACCAGCUAUAGGACACUGCAAGGCAAUAUAUCCUUUUGAUGGUCAUAAUGAAGGCACCCUAGCAAUGAAAGAGGGGGAAAUUUUGUACAUUAUUGAGGAGGACAAAGGAGACGGGUGGACAAGAGCUCGAAGACACAACGGAGAGGAGGGCUAUGUGCCAACAUCAUAUAUAGAUGUAACGCUAGAGAAAAACAGCAAAGGUGCAGUAACCUAUAUCUAACAGUAAACUGGCAGUUUUCUAUGUACCUUCUCCCAGGGAGAUAGUGGAAAAAAUAAUGUCACACAAGCUGAUGGGAGGAAUUAGAGUUACCAGAAGUGGCCACUUCAAGUGGCUUGCCAUCUUUCCCCCCUCCCCCCCUCGAGAUGUCAGCAUUAAAUUAAGUACUUCUUGUUGGUCUAUAAUUUUGACCGGUGUCUUCUGCUUUACUUAACUGAUCAGGUGUUCCUGCUUUCAAAGUGCUCAGCUUGAUUCAUUUAUUAAACUGAAAAACACCAGGAUUCCUGCUCGUUCUCUGUAGUAGUUGGUUUACAAUGAACUGAAAAAUGCCUGAAGACCUCUAAAAUUUACAGUUCCCAAUUACAUGACUGAAGCCAUAUACUUAAAGGAGAGGCUUUUUUUCUUCUAAUAUCUAACUUAAUUCACUUACUGAAAAUUAUUAAUUUCCUUCCUUUGCAAAUACUUGGCAGGUUUCCCCUCUUAAAGAGGAAAAUGUUUUCAAAUUCUUGAAAGCUCAACAGAAACACUCAGGAAGAAGCAUUAUAAUUAAAAAGGACAAAGCGUCCACUGACCUGCCUCCCCUUCCAGUGGUUGUAACCUAGAAAAUUGUGCAUUUGGCACAACUUCAUUGUUUUAACUGUAGAUAAAAAGAUGAGAAGUAAUGCUUACGUGUUACUGGAUUUUAACCUCUCUCUGCUCCUGGAAAGGGAUUGUUUUUAAAUUCUUAAUCUAUGCCUGUAAGGGAGGAGGCUUUGAAUUACAUUGUGUUUGGGUUAAAAUCAAGAUCUAAAAUAUACAGUAACUCCCUCACUAUUAAAUCACUAAGGUUCGAACACUACACUGUGCUACUUAAUUACUAGGAAAAAAACAGCUGUGUCUGGUAUUCCUAUUCAGACUGUUUGUGGAAAUAGUACAAGGCUAAUGUGUAGCCACUGGGAAUGGCCUGUUAGAACUGAGCACGCUCCUCUGUCUCUGAAGGCCUUCAGUAACUUUGUUCUUUUCUUUUUCCUCUUGGACUGCAGGUUCCUGAAGCGGGUUUCUGAGAAAAUGGGCGAGAUCUUGAAGGAGGUUACAUGCAGCUGCUUUGGGGGGAGGGAGGGGAUUAGCCUGGGAGGCCCAGGGAGCAAGGGGAAAAGCUAGUUGCAUGAAUGCAUGCAGACGUACGUUUAGUCACUAACAUUCUUAGCAUUUCCAUACAUAGUUAAGGAUGUAUCACAAAUUCUUAAAUUUCUGCUGCAAAAUAGAGCUCCAUUUCCAGAGUAAAAAAGGCAACUACUACUAAAAUUGCUUAUUCUUAUUGUCUUUAGUUCUCAAAGAGGCACAAACUGUAUUUUAGCUUGUGCUACAUUUUGGUUAUCUAUCUCAAUUAUGCUCUUUCCAACUGAUUGUAAUUGGCAGUCAUUUAGAACCAUGUUCGUUGUCAGCCUGCCUGUGCCACCUCCAUGCUCGCCCUUAACCCCUCCUGCAUGCCUAGGACAGUCGGGCAUGUCUGCAUAACAUUUUAUUGUCAUCAUUACUUCUCUUUUUCAGUAACAAACCAUUCUGUUUAAAUAUCUCCAGCACUAGAGUUUCAUCCCAGUAUCCAUGUAUGCUGCUAUCACCCUUCCACUGCAACCACCAUUAUAUUCCAGUUUUUGACACAACUACUCUGAGAUCAUACUGUAUUUAUGUUGGUUUGGGGAAAUAAUGCAUCUCAGCUCUAGCCUGCAAUGCAGCCAGAGAAACUCCAAGAACUGUGGUCCAUCUUCAGCACUUCAGUAACCUAAGGUGAGCACUGGAAACCUGGAACACCACCAGAGAGAUUCACCACUGCGAGCUAAAGACUGUUUUCCAAGUCAACCACUUGCCAUUCAAAUGCUGCCUUAAACUAGAGUGCCUAAAUCUGCUGAUUGCCAACACUACCACUUACAGUAUCGCACAAAGGGCUUUGGGUCUCAGCUCUUUCCACAGUGCUGCAGCUGCUGAGGUAGCCAUGGUAGGUGUUUUUCUAGAGCUCUACUUUACAGGAUACAUGGUGCAUCAUGAAUUUUAUACAUUGAGACAUGUAUCUCUUCAUUUGACUUUAAUAUUUUUACAAAUAUUUUUAUGGAAACUUUGUCUCUUAGUUUUUGACUAUGAAGUUCCAGUUUUAAUUACUGCAGUGCUAGUUUGUUUCCAGGUGAUGCUUCAUUGUAUGGACCAGUUGAAAUUUGAGUGAUACUUCGUAAUGAUCUAUGUGCACUUUUACUUGUAAACAAUUGAAAUUUGGAUAUGUUUAUACGUGUAAAUAUAGCUGUCUGCAGUGCCCCUAUCGCUUAUGUUGUCUUGCUUCCUAUUUGUGGUUCUAUUAAUAAAUGCAUCAUAUCUGAUUUAUUAGGGUAAUAAGAAUUAGACUAGAGAGGAUGGGGGGAGGGAUACUUGUAUCAAUCAAAGCUUGUCAGCCCAGUCACCUGCUGUGAGAGGAAAUAAAAGUAAUCAAAAGAGCCUGAUUUGGGGGGAGGUUGGGGGCGGGGGGGGGGGGAACUUGAAGCAAUAUUUGGAUGCAGCAGUGCUGGAUUCCUUUUAAUUUCAGUGUUAUUAGAAAUUGUACUACAAGUAAAACUGAAUUUGAGUGACUUGCGUAGAGCUUUGUUCCUUUUCUUAUGUAUACCACUAUUACAGAGCUUGACCUAGUGUAUUACAGUUGGGGGGGCUAUUAAACUCUAAAGUUUAGAUUUUUGGAUACUGUAUACAGGGUUAUUUAUAUAAUAAUGUGACAUUACUCAAUACUGACAAAACUACAUGUGUAGUUUUUUUUUUUUAAUCUAGUGCUUUUUAUUUUCAAGUUAGAGGAGGAAAUGUGAUCUAUGUAUUCUCUGCUAAAGGGCCUGUGGUUUUGCCUGGCUAACAGCCUCGCAGGUUAGUAAUAACUCUUCCUGGUAAAGGACUAAAUGUUCUCUCUUCACGCUACUGUUUGUUUUUCUAAAACCAGGAUUUGCUUCCUUUGGAGGAAGGUUCCUUUCAUGAGGGA